ACAGUUAAUUGUGUCAAUAGAUUUUCGCCUUGAGAUAAAGACAAACAUGUAUCCAGAAAGGUGAACGGUGUUCAGAUAUAUUAACUUCAAAGAUAAGACACAUCUGAUAUCUUUAACAAUCCAGUGCGGACUGGCCAUAGUGUGUCAGCCAUGCGAUUGACGUUUUGGUUGUUGGCCUUGUGCCAUGUGCUGUAUUCUACAAAUGGCGCAAACACUACCCCUUCAACUGUCUCUUUUUCGGCACAAGUACGUCACUUCCAGCAGGAACUUCAGCAGUUUCAGGCUUCUAUAAAAACAAGUAUCAGCCGUCUGGCGAGACAAAUGAUGCUGCAGCAAACGUUCGUGGAAGAGAGGGUUCGUUCUGACGGUAGCUCGGGUGUCAAACAAAUCCGAAACAAUGGUGGAGGAUCAAGACCAUACCAUUUCAAUACGUUUUCAAGUGGUGCAUUUCUUUCUGUCCACGAGCAUUCCAAUUAUGACAGAACAGUUGGCUUGGGGGAGUUUAUAGCAGUAUUAAAUGGCGUCGAAUUCCGUACCAGACAUAACGAUUAUAAGCUAAAAAUGCCCUCAAAAACAAGCAAAAAAUACCAUGCCGUAGAAAACAUACCAUUUCCAGAAAUUCCACCGUCUGUCCUCAGCAAGAAAACAGUACAUGAGCAGGUUUUAGAGAUGCAACAAUAUUUCAAAGCUUUUAAAGAACAAAACACAAAGUUAAGAAAUUAUGAACCUUACUUCAAAUCCGUUCUUUGUUACUUGGAGGGAGCUUGGACCACAGAUACACAAAAUCUCGACGAACCAUUCGAGAGUGACAGGCAUUUCAUCGACGCCUCGAGCUGGUUUGAUCUGCAACAGAAGAUUCAGUACAUGUCUUCUACAGGAGGAAAGAAUAAUGUUGAGAACCUUUCUUUCCUUCCUACGACGGUGAUUAAUGUAACAGAGGAUGGCUCACCAGUUUAUGCUCAGUGGAAUUAUAGAAUAUUAUGUCAUCCGAUUAAGAAAAGCUUAAAACUUCAGGAUUUUAAACCUAUCGAUGAUUUGUCUUCACAUAUGAUUGGUAACUAUCGUCGGUCCUUCAGCGACUUUUCAAAGUACAGUAAAUCAAUUAGAUUUAAUUUAGCUCCAAAACAUGGAACAAAUUACAGUGCUGAUGCAGGGUUCGGAACCUUCGAAGAUGGUCAUUUUCACUAUAACACCCUGGAUCAGCUGAUGAAUGAAGUACCAGGUGUGGAUAAUUACCCAGGACAUCUGACUGACGACUCUUUCGGCGAGCUUAAAUAUAGAGUAGACACAAAAACACCAACCGUUUUGAAUACUGCUCACUAUCACCGUCAUUACAGAGUACUUCCCAAAGGUAACACAGGACUAUCAAUGGAAAACAGGGGUUACUCUGAUACAACACUCUGGGUUGCACAGACCACUAAUCCGAAGAUUGCCGAAAUGGAAGCCAAAGAUUGUCAUCUUGAUUUACACACACAGAAACCUGUUUGCAGGACUUACAAGUCCCGAUCCACGUAUGCUAUACCACUCGAAAUUGUCUGGAUGACACCUCUGAGUUCAUGGAAUCCGUAUAAUCUUACUCUUCAUACAAACCGUAAGGACUACCAGUAUGUUAAUGCUGAUGGUAGAAACGGAGGCUUGGAUAAAGCCCAUGCAUUCAACGGGUCUUCUCUUCCAAAUUACUAUCUUACACCGGCUGAAUUCUUUCAUGGAGGAGAGGCUAAUAGAGAUCCGGCAGAUACGGCUAAAGAUGUAGUAGGAGUACUUGAUCAGCACGGACAGGUACAACGUGUGUCGGCAUCAGGAAUACGUAUCUUCACACCGGACAUCAAUGGCGUUGGCAAAAUACGAAUAAGAUAUCCGGUUGCUCCAGCUCACCAAGAGGGCAGUGCUUUAUGGAAAAAUAUAGUGGCCCUACAAGACGUUCUGAUGGACACCAUGAAAUUUUCCCAGAUAUUUGAGCAAAGGCCUAGCACAAGGGACCCCAAUGCGCAUGAGCCAGACACUAUCUAUGAGAUGUCCAUAACACAUACAAAUCCUCCAGGCAUGCACUAUCAUGAGGUAUACAUAACGCGGGAAGAAAUGAUCGCAUUGGAACGUAUUGGGACGAGAGUUCGCGUCUACACGUCGGAAAGUAACGGACAUCACCAUGAGCUGACCUUAACCAUGGAUCCUCAACACAGCGACUUGAGUACCUUGCUGAUUGUUGACUGUGAUGGGAAGGAAACAUGUUGGGACGGUCACAACAAGGAGAUUCGGAGAAAAUUGUAAACAUAUUUUACUUUGUUUAAUAUCAUUUAGAAGCAAAUUAAAAUAUGCAUCAUCAUA